AUGACUGUCGACUCUGAGCCUAAGAUCCCCCAGCAACUUGGAAUCAAGAACCUACAGGCGUCCUCUCAACGUAUGCCCUGGAUCAGAGAUAAUUUCUUCCACUCACCGGGGCAUCUCGACGACAAUGUCUGCAACCAGAAUUACCCUGGAAAAGGUACAGAGGACGACCCGUACAUUGUCGAUUACCUGGACAACGACCACCAAGACGCCAUGAAUUAUUCCGAUAAACGAAAAUGGUCCAUUUCAAUUUUCCAGGCUCUAUCCACCUUUGUGGUUACGUUUUCUAGCUCGGUGUUUGUGAGCGGCAUCGGAGGCAUCGAGCAGCGCUUUAACGUGUCUGAGGAGGUGGCUACGCUCGGCCUAUCGCUCUUCGUGUUAGGGUUUGCCAUAGGACCGCUGUUAUGGGCGCCUUUGUCAGAGAUGUACGGCCGCAAGUCAAUAUAUGUCAUUUCGUUCGUGGUUUACACAGCGUUCUGCGUGGCAGCGGCCUGCUCGCCCAAUAUCACGGCCUUGUUGGUUCUUCGCUUCUUUGCCAGCGCGUUUGGGUCGUCGGCAAUGACCAAUUCUGGGGGAGUUAUUGCUGACAUGUUCAACAAGACGCAGCGUGGAGUGGCGAUGGGGUUGUUUGUCAUGGCUCCUUUCCUGGGACCGGCACUUGGGCCUAUUGCUGGUGGCUUUCUUGCUGAGAAACAAGGUUGGCGUUGGCCUCUCGGUUUAAUCGCCAUCAUGGCAGGCACGGUCUCGAUUAUCACGAUGCUGAUCACCCCCGAAACAUACGCACCGUUCAUUCUACGAUGUCGAGCGCAAGCUCUCUCUCGGAUGACAGGAAGAAUAUAUGUGUCUCGUAUCAAUGUGGGAAAGCUGCCCAUGACUUUCUCGCAGGAGCUUUCGAUCGCUCUCACGCGGCCCUGGAUCCUAUUGUUCCGGGAACCUCUUGUCUUGCUGACAUCGCUGUACGUCGCUAUCAUCUAUGGCACGCUUUACAUGUUCUUUGCCGGAUUUCCGAUCGUCUUUCAAUAUACCCGAGGCUGGAGUCAGGGUGUCGCCGGACUUCCCUUUGUCGGCGUUGCCAUUGGUGUCUGUCUUGCGACGCUGGUGGCUGGCAUAGACAACAAACGCUACGUGCGUCUGUGCGAGGAGAUAGAGGGAAGAGGAGGCACAGUCGAACCCGAAGCCAGGCUGGGUAUAGCCAUGGCAGGCUCUUUCGUGGUUCCAAUCGGAUUGUUCUUGUUUGCGUGGACGACGUACCCAUCAGUGCACUGGAUUGUCCCCGUCAUCGGUGCCGUCUUCUUCUCGUGUGGCCUUGUCAUGGUCUUCAUCUCGCUGAUGAGCUAUCUGGUCGACUCAUAUACCGUCUAUGCUGCUUCUGUUAUGGCGGCCAACUCAGUGGUUCGGUCCUUAUUUGGCACUGUCUUUCCCUUGUUUACCACCCAGAUGUACGAGAAGCUCGGGAAUCAAUGGGCGAGCUCCGUUCCUGCAUUCCUCGUUCUUGUGUGUGUACCUUUCCCGUUUCUUUUCCACCGAUAUGGUUCGCAGAUACGCAGCAAGUGCAAGUAUUCUCUCGAAGCAGCAAACAUGUUGGAAACGAUGAAUCGUCGCCAAGGCACCAUGAUUGUAGGUGAACCAAAUGAACCGGAAAGGAAGGUUGAACAGACUGUUUAG